UACAACAACCUAAAAGGAUUCUCACACACUCGAAAGAAGCGAGGUCUCAGCACGUCACUCGGUUACACGCACGCAAGGCCAAGACGAUGGCGGACGAGAAGUGGGAGACGCAGCUGUGCCGGGUGGUGGCGUUCGGGGACUCGAUCACGCAAGAGGCGUUCGAGAACGGCGGGUGGGGCGCGCGGCUGGUUGCCCAGCUCACGCGGCGCGGCGACGUUGUCAACCGCGGCUUCUCGGGCUACAACACCGAGUGGGCGGUGCGGACGCUAGACAAAGUGUUCCCCGUCAAGCACGCGCCACAGGCGGCGUCGGCGUGGGGCCUGUACUCGUCGGCGGUGGUGACGGUCUUCUUUGGAGCCAAUGACGCAUCGACACCCGGGAGCCGGCAGGCGGUGCCUGUCGACGCAUUUGUGGCCAACCUGCGGAAGAUCUGCCUGCGGGUGGCGGCGUGGGCCGAUGGGUCGGCCAUUCCGCUGACGCUGGUUGUCAUCGGCUGCCCGCCGGUUCAUCGCGAGCAGCGGCUGGCGUUCCAGGUGGAAAAGUACGGCAAGAAGGCGACGGGCGUGCCGGAGCGGUCGCUUGAGAUGGCGCAAGAGUACGCUGCAGCUGCGAUGGCAGUCGCCAAUGAGCUGGCUCUCGAGUGGGCCGCGCCUGUUGCACCACACCGUACGGUCCAUGCGCUCAACCUCUGCGAACUCAUGCUCUCGUCGUCGCCGGACAACUGGUCGCACUUUCUCCGCGAUGGCCUUCAUCUCUCGCGGCAGGGCAACGAGUUUGUGUACACGGCGCUCUCGGCGCUCCUCCCGCACGUGGUGGGCGACCAUCCGCUCUUCUUCCCGCAUCACUCGCGAAUCGAUGCUGGCGAUGUUGACGCCUCGUUUGAUGUCGACGCCAACCAGCCGUCGCGCGAUGUCGCGGCUGCGGCAUCAGCGUCGCGGCUGGCGCCUGCCGGUGCUGGAACCUCGACCGACGUUUCCGCCUCGCCGCGAGUCAUUUCACACACAUAA